AAUACGCAACAUCAACAAACGCAGACUAUACAGCACUGUGCGGAACACGAAUAUACCCAAAAGUUUACAAAAAAUUUUAAUAUUGUUUUGCAAUCAGCUGCUGAUCACUAAAUUCUAUUUUGUUGCUGUGUGUGUCAAAUGUGUGAUCUUAAGAUGAGCGCUAAGCGCUUGCGACUAAUGCGUGGGUGUAAAAUCCGUACCAACUAAAACUCGAAACGUUGCAAAAGCAACAAUAACGGGGCGGCGGCGGCAGUAACAACAAUAACAACAACACGUAGUCGUCGUCUCACAGAAAAAAAAAUAAAGAAAAAAAUACUGAACUGAGGAAAUUCUUUGUGAUUUAAAAAAAGUGCAACAUGUGUCAACUGAGCAUACCCAGACACUUCUGCACAGAGUGGCGUAUCUGGAUACGUCCGCUGUUGAUAGUUACCUAUGUGGUGUUUGCGAUUAUUGUGGUGCCUCUGCUGAUUGUCAAUUCGGUCAAGGAUGGCUUCCAGCGCCGAGACCAGCUCAUACUUAUCGGUGGCCUCUUCGUGCUCUCCGCCGUGCCCAUAUCCAUUUGGCACAUCAUCCAACACGUCAUACAUUUCACCAAGCCCAUACUACAGAAGCACAUCAUACGCAUACUCUGGAUGGUGCCCCUAUAUGCGGGCAAUGCGUGGAUCGGACUAUUUUUUCCCAAGCAUUCGAUCUACGUAGAUUCGUUGCGUGAGUGCUACGAAGCCUAUGUUAUCUAUAAUUUCAUGGUUUACUUGCUAAACUAUCUGAAUCUCGGCAUGGAUCUCGAAAUUACUAUGGAGUACAAGCCUCAGGUGCAUCAUUUCUUUCCUCUCUGUUGCAUGCGCCCCUGGGUCAUGGGCCGCGAGUUCAUUCACAACUGCAAGCACGGCAUUCUCCAGUACACUGUGGUGCGGCCUAUCACCGCAUUUAUCUCGGUCAUUUGCGAGCUGUGCGGUGUUUAUGGCGAAGGUGAAUUUGCUGGCAACGUGGCCUUUCCAUAUAUUGUGGUCAUCAACAACAUCUCACAGUUUGUGGCCAUGUACUGCCUGGUGCUCUUCUAUCGCGCCAACCGUGAAGACUUGAAGCCCAUGAAGCCGGUGCCAAAGUUUCUAUGCAUCAAAGCAGUUGUGUUCUUUUCAUUCUUUCAAGGUGUGCUGCUUAAUGCGAUGGUGUACUAUGGCCUCAUUAAGGAUAUUUUCGGCUCAGAUGUGGGCGAUGCUAAUUUGGCAUCCAUGUUGCAAAACUUUCUCAUUUGCAUUGAAAUGUUCUUGGCAGCCAUUGCGCAUAUUUACAGUUUCCCGCAUCAUCCGUUCCACAUAAAUUCGCCGCAAUAUUGGAAUAACCCAAAUCAUAGCUGGUGUCGCGCUUUUCUCUCCAUGAUGGACAUCUCGGACAUGCAGGAGGAUGUUACGGAGCAUCUAGGUGUGGUCAGCAGUUCCAUUAGUCGACGCUUCCAGGGUCGCAGCACAUAUCAACCGCUGGCUCGUGGUCCACGACGCUCCAGCAGCGAAUCAGAAUACUUAAUAGGCAAGCGGCAGGAGCAACCGCUGAUUGCCAGCGGUACAAGUCAAACAGCAGCAGGCAUCGAUGCAGCCUCAGCCGACAAUAGCAAUUACCAACAACAACAACUUCACUUGCCGGGCUCACAGGCGAAACUGUCAACGCGACAGCGCGACACUCAACAGCUUCGCGAACGGGAUCAGCAGCAAUUUAUGGGCGCUGCGCCCGUACAGACAAGCGGCAACAACUUUCUGCUUGCACGUAAUGUUGCCUCUGCGGCUGCACCCAUUCCCGAGUCGAACGAUGACUAUGCACUGCUGUUGGGCACGGGCAGAUGACAACGCUAUCAGCUACAGAGGCCACACGUGCCGCAGCAGCCGCGGCAUGUGUUUGAGCCGUGCGAAGAUGCAGAAGUUAGUCAAAAUUUGAAUGCGUCUUCGCUAAGCGCAUCCCUGUCCGUUUCAUUUGGCAUGUCGAGUAGUUUAAAAUUUAGCGCCACUGGCAGCAACCAAACUGCCUCCGAGUGGUCCAAUUCCACAGAUGAUGAUGACGAUGACGAUAACGACGUAGACGAUGACAAUGACGAUAUUGAAAUUAAUAAUGUAGCGCAUGUAGAACAGUCGCCAGUUAUUGUUGUUGUUGUUGCUGCUGCUACUACUGAUGCAUCAACAACGCGAGAGUACAUCACUUAGACGCAAACAUAUUUAUAUAUAUUUUUCGUUUUUCUAAACCCAUUUAUGCAACAACAAAUUCCCUUUGUUAGCUAGGUAGUUCAAAUACUCAAAACAUAGAUAUUCAUUUGGCUAAUUCCAAUCAAAUUGGUAGUAAAACCCGUUUAGACCUGCUGUGGCCUUCAGUUUGCUUUUUAUUUGCUAUAUGCACAUACAAACAAGCUCCAAAGAAUCUGCAAUGUUGUGUUUUGUAUAUGCAAACAGCAUCAAAAUUUGUAAUUUUUAUGAUAGCUUAGGAUGAAAUGUUCUGUAAUCCCAUUUACAUACACAGGUACAUGUAGAUAUAUGCCUUAGAUACAACUGAUUUUCAGUAGUCGUGCGCUUAGACAAUUAUUAAAUAUUGAUAUACAUAAUUAAAGGCUUUCAGUUUUCAUUAGGCUAGUUGAUAUUCCCCCAUAUACUAAAAAACAUACAUAUAGCAAACGAUUGUGACUUCAAAUUGACUGCCGGUCAGAAAAGGGCAAUAACUUAUAUAUAUUGCAAACAAUUAUUGUAAAACAAUUUGUAAUUAUCAAUAAUACAAUUAUUCAACGAAAA